AUCUGUAUAACCUGGCUGCAGACACCAUGUGCGUCUGUAGUGAGAGUCACAUUUAAUCGCAUGUCACUAUGAUGAUAAGGUCCUUGACUGUUGUUCUUCUGGCUGUUGUUUGGAGUGGAGUGAGUGGCGCCGAUCCCCCCAAGUGCUGCACAGAGCGUCAGUUCGAGGCCAGGUUGGCGGAAGUCGGGGGGAGUUUGUACAAGCACAACGGACAGCAGGUUCCUGCUCUCAUAAAUGUGGACAACAUUCUACAUUACAACUUCUACAACAAGACAGUGGUCUACGAAGUGUUUGAGCGCGGCGCCAACGACAGUACCAUGCAUUCCCGAAUAGUGCAUGACUUUAAUGCGGGUCUUCGCUAUGUGAUUGAAAUGAACAAAUGCACGUAUGUAAGAGGUUCCCGAGCUAUUAGUGAACAGUGCGUUCCAGACAACGCGAAGUUUCUUGGACGGUCUUACUUUGGGUACGGUGUCAAUAGUGUUCCUGCCAACAACUGGCAAUACACCAGCCCCUCCAACAACGUCUCCAUUAAGUCUUCAAUGGCCGCGUCCAACUGUGUGCCAUUUGUACAAGCAGCCUUUUCGACCCUGGGACAAGAUGCUUCCAAUGAUGUGGUGUUCAUCGUGACGGGGUUUCGUCCUGGGAUCCAACGCCCAUCUGUCUUUGACAUCCCAGCUGACUGUGUCCCGCUACCACGUGCCGACAAUCAGAUUCCUUCGGAACACAUCAAGCGAGGAGCUCGCUACAUUGACGCAGUUCUGUCACGCUGAGACUGACAAUCAUUUGUAAAAAUAAAGGUAUUGCCACCGCA